CCAUCUUAUUCUGCCCAGCCCCUUGGUCUGAACGGUUGCUUUUCCUGCUGUUUCAUCCUUCCCGCUCCUGUGAUCAUGAAUAGCCUCUUCUUUCAGUCCCCCAAGACCAUCCAUAUCCCUGGCAGCAGCACUGUGGGCAAUGGCUUUGAGUUGUGGGACAUUGGCUGCUUCAGCACUGAGCGCAGUCUUGCCAAAAAGCUCAAGAAAAAUCCUUUUUAUCCCUUCUUUCAACAGCAGGCUAAUGUGUAUGUGCUGGAAUACUACCAGGACACCUUGUGGAAGGGGAUUCUGCUUUUUUUGAUCUGCGUCAUACUCAUGAGUCUUGGGUUGUUCAAGAAGGUGCACAAUCAGGAGACAUGGGGUUUCCCUGCUUAUGGAGUUGGCAUUGGUUUGUGGCUCGCUGUCUCAUCGUUGCCAAGGCGCCGCCUAGUCUUGAACCAUACUCGUGGGAUGUAUCACUUCUCCAUCCACGGCCACACUGUCUAUCAAGGGCCCCUGUACCGCAUCUACAUCCGCCUUGCCCUUCGAUCUGAUGCCUAUGGCAAGUGCUUCUUCCAGUUGGUCCUCUGUGGUUACAAGCUGGAGCCUCUGGUACUGGUCAAGCUGUCAGAGCACUAUCAGCAGUUGGAAUUCCUGGGUCGCCAUAUUGCUCGUAAGCUGAACAUCAACUACUUUGACUGCAUGGCUGUGUCCUACCGUCAUGUUGUCCGCCACUGGCCAUUGGGAUCUGUAUACAGCCCUGGAAUUGUUCCCCGCCGCAACUUUUCCUAUGUACCCCGGUACAGCCUUUAUCAGGAAGACGAUGUGAUGGUCUGAGAUCAGCCAACAUAUAUUAUGAGAAUCUUAUUCUAAUCCCAUUUCCCCAACAUUCCACCCAGAUGUCUCAGGUCUUUCUCUUCCCUGUCUUUUACCCCACCUGUAUUCCUCACUACCCAGCCCUGCUCAUCCUCCCUCUCAAUAAAGCUACUUCCUCCUAGC